AUGGCCGACUUGCUGAAGUCAAUUCCUCUGCCUACAAUCGACCGUCCCUUCGGCAUUGAACUAUGGCCAAUCUUCAACAAGGCCUUUGAUGCCGCUGCGGGCUAUCCUGCGGACGACUUCAAGUUCGUGUCUGGCUUCACUCCCAUGUCUACACUUCAAGAGACCGCUAUUGCUUUGGUCUCAUACUAUGUUAUAAUAUUUGGUGGCAGGGAGUUGAUGAAGCAUCGUCAGGCUUUUGUUCUGAAUGGUCCCUUCAUGGUUCACAACUUCUACUUGACUGUCAUCAGCGGUGUCUUGUUGGCUCUGUUCAUUGAACAACUCCUCCCAACUCUGGUCAGACACGGUGUCUUCAAUGCAGUUUGCGCUCACAGCGGUGGCUGGACUAGACAGCUGGUCGUUCUCUACUACCUCAACUAUCUGACCAAGUACCUCGAGUUGAUUGAUACACUGUUCCUUGUUCUCAAGAAGAAGCCUCUUACCUUUCUUCACACUUACCAUCAUGGCGCUACUGCCCUCCUGUGCUACACCCAGCUCAUUGGAAACACAGCUGUGUCCUGGGUCCCAAUCACUUUGAAUUUGACCGUCCAUGUGGUCAUGUACUGGUAUGGAGUGUAUCUCCCAAUUCUCGUUCUGGCUAACACCUCCAGGUACUACUUCCAAUCCGCUCGUGGCAUUCGCAUCUGGUGGAAGAAGUAUAUCACCAUGCUCCAGAUCAUCCAAUUCGUCAUUGACCUCGGCUUUGUCUACUUUGCUUCCUACACCUAUUUCGCAAGCACUUAUUUCCCAAAUAUGCCAUCUGCUGGUUCAUGCGCUGGUGAAGAAUUUGCUGCGUUCGCCGGCAUGGGCAUCUUGAGUUCUUACCUGUUGCUCUUUAUUUCAUUCUACUUCGCCACAUACAGAAAACAAACUAUCUCUGGACGUCCUAGGAGGAAUACCGGGAAAGAAGCCUUGAUCGCCAUGAAGGACCUACCCCUUCCAGACCCACACAAACUCCCUCCUACCUUCGACGACUCAAAGAGCAACGGUGCCGUUUCCACUGCGCGAUCAGAAGGCCGCACUACAAGGUCGAGAAAGGCUUAG